AUGAAAUUCGAAUUCGUCGACAACAGUGGCGCCAUCGACGGCACCGCGAGGAAACGGAUCCGGAGCCAUGUGGCCAUAGGCCGUAACGCCGGGAAGAAGAUUUCAAGGCCGUCCAAGAAGAAAGCGCUGUUGAACAAAUCAGCAAAGGCAGCACGUCCGCAGGCCAUAGCCCUGGUUCAUCCGGAAUCCAGCGAGACCGGCGGGAGCGUGCCAAUGCUCGCUCUGAGAUGCCUAACCGGCCUCCCAGCCCAUAUGCAGCAAAACGACGGAUCCGACAGGCUUGCUCUUGUUCAAAGGGCUAUUUCUUUCCUAGACGGGGUUCGACACGCUCCCGAACUGGACCUCGCUCUCGACUACAGCUCGGAGCCCAAAAUGUGGUGCCUCCAACCGCUAUUUCAGGAUGAAGCCUGCAAGUUGCCAUAUUGCCACUACUUCCACGGCGCCAUGGCUGUCUUCCUUGCCGCAUGCCCCGGGCUCCCAGCCCUUUCAUUCUCACCCCCUACACCCACCCAAGGAAACUGGGACGCGGGGAUGCGCCAUCUGAGCCUCGCGCUCCGGCUCGUCAACACCCGCCUUUCCGGGAAGGAUGCCGCGUCGACCGAAACCAUGACGACGGUGCUGAUCCUGGGCUUGUACGAACGCCAGCAGGGCGAGUACCACCGCGGCCUUGUGCAUCUCGACGGGAUGCAGCGCAUGCUCCAGAUGCGCGGCGGCCUCGUCGAGUUUGCCAAGAGCUGCCCUGACCUGGCCCGCAAGAUCCUCCGGUAUGUCCCAUGGCCUUCUGAAUAG